AUGAAUCCAGUUUUUGUAGAGGUAUCUAACAUUAGUCCUUUCUUAACAGAACAACAAUUCUCUAAUAUGUGUCUGGAAUUUGACCCAUUGAUGGCGUGUUUUGUGUCAACUGUUGAAGACCAAUUAAUGGAAUUUGCAUUGGUUAAUGCAAAGACAAAAGAAAACGCUGUUGCAAUAUUCCACAAAAUUCAGAAAGAUAAAUUUUAUGGAAAACAACUUUUCGCUGAAUAUACAAACGACGAAAUCGGGUGCAAAAAAAUAGUAAUAAAAAAUUUGCCCAAAGAAAGGGAGAAAAACGCGUUAGAAGAGUACCUCAGUGAAUUCAAAACCAAUCAAAUUAUUCAACCCAGACUUAGAAAAGCAAAAAACUGUGGUUCUGGUAUGAUUGUCACCAAAAACGUGGGAAUCGCCCAGAAAAUUGCGGACAAAUUAGAGGGUUUCCAAAUAGACGAUAAAAAAAUGAAAGUUAAAGUUCGAGCGCCACAAAUGAAAACUGAAAAUGAAAAACCAUCAACAGAAAUUCCAAAUAAAAAAGCCGAAGAACUUCAAAAGAAUGAACGAAUCGACGAACUUCAAAAUGGUGCAAACGUAGAAAUAAAAAUGGAUGAAAAAAUGAACAACAAAGUUGAAGAACAAAAAGACGUCAUCGAAAAUAAAAUUAAUGAAAACAUCGACUUAAAUUUGGAUUUAAAUCCUUCAGACGCAGACGACUUUAAUGUUAAUACAAAAGAAGUCGAUGACCAUUAUGAAAACAUUCAAAAUAUUCAAAAUAUACAAAACAUGGAAAACACCGAAAAUGAUUCAUUUGAAAUAGUUGAAUUGGUUGAAGAACCCCAUGAAAACGUAUUAAAAGACGUACAAAAUGAGACAAAUGAACGACUACAAAGUUAUCUAAAAAUGGAAAUCCCAAAUGUUGUAGAACUACCACAGAAAGUGAUUCCAAUGGAAAUGGACAAAUCACAAGAUUCGGAAAAUUUAACAGUAGAAAGAGAAGAAACUACCCAGCACGAAAUUCAAUUUGAAAGUUUCGAUGAAAAUACACAAAAAGAUAAACAAAAUGAAGACAUCAAUAGAACUGUCCAAAAAGAAUUCAAUGUAAAUGUGAAAGAAGUCAAAAAUAACACGGGAGUUUUAACACAAGAACAAAUACUUCAUGACUUGAAAAUGAUCGAAGCAAUUGUUCGGAAAGACACGGUUUCAACAGAAGUACAACAUCAAAUAACACAGACACAACGCGAACAACCAAUUUCUCCAAAACCCACAAAACAACAAAAAGACAAAGCCAAACCGAAAAAGUCGAAAAAGCAGAUCGCUCCAGAACUUAUCGAAAAAGUCGAAAAGAAAGAAAAUACACAGAAGGAAAUGUCUUUGAUGUCUCAAUCAGAGUGUAACACUUUACUCAACAAUUUGGUCGUUGCUGCAGUCACAAAAAUCAAAGGCGAGUUGGUCAUGGAAAUCAAAAGCGAAGUUGAGAAACAGAUUAAGGAGAAAUGUCUUCUUACAGGGAAACGAACAAAACCCGUGUCGAAAAGUCAUAAACCAGACAAAAGAAAAAAUCUUAAUUAA